CUUCUUGUUGGCUCUGAAGAUUUUGACAUCAGGGUAUUUAAAGAAGAUGAGAUCGUGGCAGAAAUGUCAGAGACAGAGACUAUUACUGCACUUAGCCCCAUGUACGGCAGUCGGUUUGGCUAUGCUCUUUCUAAUGGGACGGUUGGAGUUUACGACAAGACAGCCCGCUACUGGCGGAUUAAGUCUAAAAACCACGCAAUGAGCAUCCAUGCGUUUGACCUGAACUCUGAUGGUGUGUGCGAGCUGAUCACUGGCUGGUCCAACGGGAAGGUUGAUGCACGCAGUGACCGAACUGGGGAGGUCAUCUUUAAGGACAACUUUGCUUCCUCCAUUGCAGGAGUGGUGGAAGGGGAUUACAGAAUGGAUGGGAGCACCCAGUUAAUCUGCUGUUCAGUUGAUGGUGAAGUCCGAGGCUAUCUGCCAGGAGGUGAGGAGAUGAAAGGAAACCUCAUGGAUACAAGUGCUGAGCAGGAUCUGAUCCGAGAACUUAGUCAAAAGAAACAAAAUCUGCUACUGGAAUUAAGAAAUUAUGAAGAAAAUGCAAAGGCUGAACACAACGCACAGUUAAAGGAAGCUGAUGGACAGGGAGGUGUGAUUCCAGCAAAUACUCAGCUCCAGACAGCCCUCUCAGUUAAUCUGGGCUCUGACAGCCAGUCUGCCCACGUGGAGCUGUGUAUUUCCACCACAAAUGACACAGUCAUCCGUGCUGUGCUGAUCUUUGCUGAGGGCAUAUUUGAAGGAGAGAGCCACGUGGUACACCCCAGUCUCCAGAACCUCUCGGGCUGUGUUCGUGUUCCCCUUACUCCACCCAAAGAUGUCCCUGUGGAUUUGCACAUCAAAGCCUUUGUGGGUUACAGGAACAGCACACAGUUCCAUGUAUUUGAGUUGACAAGACAGCUUCCCCGUUUUUCAAUGUAUGCCCUGAGCAGCCCGGACUCAGCCACGGAGCUGCUGAGCUUUGUUAACUGUACAACAAAUGAGAGACCGCAAAGGAUCAUUAUGUGGCUGAAUCAGAACUUCUUGCUACCAGAGGAUGCAGAGUUUCAGACUGCUCCCUUUCAGGUUUGCUUCACUUCCCUUCGUAAUGCAGGUCAGCUCUGCAUCAAAAUCAAGCCCGGCGGAGAGAUUUCCAUCAACACGGAUGAUAUUGAUCUAGCUGGUGACAUUAUCCAGUCAAUGGCCUCCUUUCUGGCCAUCGAAGAUUUGCAGGUGGAAGCAGAUUUCCCUGCGUACUUUGAGGAGCUGCGGAAGGUUUUGGUCAAGGUGGAUGAACACCACGCGGUGAAUCAGAGGCUCACUGCCGACAUGGCUGAACACUCCAACCUCAUCCGCAGCAUGCUGGUUCAGGCGGAAGACGCACGACUCCUGGGAGACAUGAAAAACAUGAAGACACGGUACAUCGAGCUGUAUGAUCUUAACAGAGAUUUAAUCAAUCAAUAUAAAAUUCGUUGCAACAAUCACACAGAGCUAUUGAAUAAUCUGAAAGCUGUGAAUCAGGCAAUCCAGAGGGCUGGGCGGUUACGUGUCGGCAAACCUAAAACACAAGUGAUCAGUGCUUGUCGGGAUGCAAUACGAAGCAACAACUUUAACAUGCUGUUCAGGAUAAUGCGUGUGGGAACAGCCUCUUCUUAAAAGGACUGGGAGGAGCAGCAGUUGCACAGGGGCAGUGUUUGCAUGCAGCGGGCAGAUAACGGACCAGUACCGACAAGUGGUCAAUUUAGUCCCCUACUCCACUGUGGGGUGAAAUAAUUGCAAAGGUAGCAUUUUAGUU